GAUCAUUCCAAUUCCAAACCAUGUCGAAAUGGUUUCUAGGGUUUAUCAGCACAAGAAAAUCUACACUUUCAUUCCCAAUUUCACUCAGAUCAUUCAGAUACUGCACAACCACAACAUCACAAUCAGAUACACACCCAUUUCCAGUAUCAUACCUCAUCAACACUCAAGCAUCUGAUUGAUUCAAAACAAAAUUGGCAAUUGUUUCAUACAAUACCCUAAAUUUAAACUCUAAAACAUUUUGUAAACAAUGUUGAAAUGGUUUCUCCACAAGAAUGUUGUUUUAGAUCUCAUCACAACAAAAUCACAAUCAACAACCCCAAAAUUCAACCCUCUUCUUCAACAUCUGAAUUCCUCAUUUUCAUUCAGAUAUUGCAGCACAACAACAACCACAUCACAAUCAGAAUCAGGUAAACAUCCAUUUGCUGUAUCAUACCUCAUCAACAAUUUUGGUUUCUCACAUGAAUCAGCUCUCAAAGCUUUCAACCAAAAACGUGUUCGUUUCAAUACCCUAGAAAAGCCUAAUUCAGUUAUCAAAUUCUUCAAAAACAAUGGUUUUUCACACUCCAACAUAGGUAUCAUCAUUAGAAAAGAGCCAUGGUUACUUUCAUCACAACCCCACAAAAGGUUAUUGCCAAAGUUUCAAUUUUUUAUCUCAAAAGGUGUUUCUUCUUCUGAUAUUGUUUCAUUGUUAACUGCAAACCCUAGAAUUUUACAUAUUAGCUUGGAGAAACGAAUAAUCCCUCUUUUUGAAUUAUUAAGUAAGUUCUUUAAAACCAACAAGGAUGUCAUUUUUUGCUUGAUUCGAAGAUCGUAUGGAUUUAGUCAUUAUACCUAUGACCGUAUUGUGGCUAAUAUCAAUUUGAUGAGUGCUUUUGGUGUAUGUGAUUCCGGCAUUGGUAGUGUGCUUCUGAUAGCACCAUCUAUAAUUUGUUCAACUGAUUUGAUUGAUACUUUGAAGGAAGUUAAGGGUUUAGGGUUUGAUCCUUCAAAUAUUACUUUUGGGCAGGCUAUGAUAGCCAAGAAAGGGUUGAGCAAAAAAAUUUGGGAUGAGAAAGUUGAUACCUUUAAGAAAUGGGGUUGGUCUGAUGAAGCAUUUUUUCAAGUAUUUAGGUCACGUCCUAAUUUGAUGAUGGUGUCAAUUGAUAAGGUUAAUUUAUUGAUGAGUUUUUGGGUCAAUCAAUUGGGUUGGAAUUCCUUGGCACUUACUAAAAUGCCACAGAUUUUCAGUUAUAGUUUACAUAAAAGGAUCAUUCCAAGAGCCUCAGUAUUGCAAUAUCUUUUGAUGAAAGGUUUGCGAAAAAACAAUGCGAGCUUAGUUACGCCAUUUAGUUAUAAUGAGAAAAUGUUCUUGAGCAAGUUUGUUUUCAGCUUUAAGGGGGAGUCUGAUUAUCUAUUAAAGCUAUACGAGGAAAAAAUGAAACUUGCAUACUCAGAGGAAAACAAUGGCAUGCCACUCACUAAAUAGGCAAUUUCAUAAUCUCCUUUUGUAAUGCAACCUUAGCUGGUAACUAUCUCUUUGCAUGAACCUUUUUUUGGAUAGUAGCUACCAUAACAUCUAAGAAUUUAAGCAAUCUAUAUGGUUGACUCGUCUAUCCCACUAUGGUUGCUACCACCAAAGUCCUUCGGAGUCGGUCGUGGCCACAAUCACCUUCAUGUACAACCUAUCACCGCGACUAUCUGUCACAAUUGUUGCUACCACUACAG